UGAUAUGAAUGCAUGUGUUGUGCAGUGAAUAGCGAGAGUAAGACGUAUUGACUGCACAAACGCUACACAACCAACGGAUCACAUGUUUAUUGCUUUGCAUUCAUCGCUCACUUGCCGUUCAAUCACACAGUCGUCCACUCAUUGCACCACUUCUUGAGCGCAUUAUCUGCAGCCAUGUCUUCAUAUACCGUUCAAUACAUAACCGACAAACUGAAGCAAGAGUUACAGACAACACAUUUGGAAGUCGAGGACAUGUCCGACGGUUGUGGCGCUAAGUUUAACGCAUUGAUAGUGUCGGACAAGUUUGAAGGCAUUCCCCUCUUAGGCAGACACCGGAUGGUCAAUCAGAUCCUGGCCACUGAACUCCAGACUAUACACGCCUUCACGAUGAAGACAAUCACUUCCAAACAAUACCAAGACUUGCGGGACAAGAAGUCUUAGAGUCAUAGCAUUUAGUCUUACGUUAAAUCUAUAUUUGGAUCCAAUUUUCUGAUUUAAUAUUUAUUUUCCCAAUAAUUGUCUCACAAUUGAAUGAAUGGUUAUUUGUAUUGAAUGAUUGGACACUUUUGUACACUAUUUUCAAAUCGUAUGAAUUGAAUGCAAACUAUUUUCUCUGAAAUGCUAAUCUGAUCCCAAAAAUAUACUUUUAUUACUCAUUCAUUGAUGCGAUUGUCUUAUGAAUUGAUGUAAAUUUCAAGUCAUUGAGUGAGUCUUCGGUUCUUGAGGUCAACCCAUAGCUGAUCUUCGCGUCAAAUGAACUCAAACUAUAGUCUAUUAUAAAGUCAUUUCCGCGUCAAUAGUAUUCAGAUCUCAAAGAACUCUUAGAAAAUUAGUUUCAUUUGUGACUACUUUUCUCAAUCAGUAAACCAAAAAUAUAUUGAAAUAAAAAAUCCCAAAAAUAAUGGUGAAUAUUGUGGUGAAAAUUGUUUUGAUAGUUUUGGUCAUUUUAUUCAUGUAUCACAUGUUUGUGUCCAUUGACUUGAAUCGAGUGAUCCGUUGGAUUAAAUUAGUCAACACUACCCGCGCUCUCAAACACCUGUUGGCCGAAGACUCGCCCGAAUAAUGUCAUCGAAACUAUAUCUCACAACCAAUUAUUGUAAACUAAUUACUUGUAAUCAAUGAAUUGAUUAAUAAAAAUACUUUCAUUCAUGUAAGCG